GAAGGAGUUGGCGAGGCGCGGCCCGGCCGAGCGUGCUUGCGUCCCCCUCGCCGCCUGGGUCUCGCGUCCUUCGGGGCUACAUGGCGGGCCGCUGCGCGCGGCCGCUGCAGACGGUGGACACGGAGUUCACCGCGGACAGCGUGGAGUGGUGCCCCCUGGAGGGCUACCGGCACCUGCUGGCCUGCGGCACCUACCAGCUGCGCAGGCCGGACUCCGGGUGCGGGUCCCAGUCCGGGUCCAAGGGUGGACUGGAGGUUGAGGAGCCUCACGUCCGUUUAGGUCGUCUCUACCUGUACAGUUUCAAUGAGGACAACUCUACUUCCUCUCUGGAUGAGGUCCAAAGAAGGGAUACUGCUGCCAUCCUGGACAUGAAAUGGUGCCACAUCCCAGUGGCUGGCUCAGCGCUCUUGGGCUUGGCAGAUGCCAGUGGAUCUAUUCAGCUGCUCCGCCUGGGGGGAUCUCAGGAGAGCAGCAGCCUGCUGCAGCCAGUGUCCAGCAUUACUCUGAAUGAGCAGUGUCUGGCCUUGUCCCUUGAUUGGUCCACUGGGAAAUCUGGAAGGGCCAGUGACCAGUCCUUGAAAAUCAUCAGCAGCAACUCCAAGGGGCAGCUGCACUUCCUGAUGGUGAACGAGGCCGGGUCGGGGCUGCAGCAUAUGGCCUCAUGGCAGGCCCAUCACUUCGAGGCCUGGAUCGCUGCUUUCAACUACUGGCAGACAGAAGUGGUAUAUUCAGGGGGGGACGAUGGCCUUCUCAAAGGUUGGGACACCAGGAUGCCUGCCACGUCCAUCUUCACCAGCAAGAGACACUCCUUGGGUGUGUGCAGCAUCCAGAGCAGCCCCCAUCGGGAGCACAUCCUGGCCACGGGAAGCUACGACGAGCAUGUGCUGCUGUGGGACACGCGGAACAUGAAGCAGCCGUGGGCAGACACGCCUGUUCAGGGUGGCGUGUGGAGGCUCAAGUGGCACCCGUUCCACCACCACCUGCUCCUGGCGGCCUGCAUGCACAGCGGCUUCAGGGUCCUCAGCUGCCAGAAGGCCACAGAGGAGAAGCAGGAAGUGGUGGUCUUGACGUCCCACACGCUGCCCAACUCACUGGUCUAUGGGGCCGACUGGUCCUGGCUCCUUGUCCGUUCCCUGCAGCCCAUUCCCUCCUUUUCCUUUCCUCUUGGCGACAUGGGAGCCAGACUGGCAGACUGGGCCCACGGCCUAAAGGUUGUAAGUACAUCACCAGCAGCCUCCCUGCAAGCUGUGACAGAUGACGACGGGGAGGGCCAUGCCAGAUCCCAGCGUUCCGUCAAGCCAAAGCCUUCUCUCCUGGACAGGAAGAGUGGCAGCCAGUCACACACUGCAGCCAAGAUCUAUGACUGCAGCUUCUACCCAGAAGGGAUAAACUUUGACAUCAGCCUCCUGGCCACCUGCUCCUUUUAUGACCAUGUUCUUCACCUCUGGAAGUGGGAGGCCAGCUGAGCCUGAGAUCACUAAGACCCUUCCCAGCUAUACCAGGAGUGACUUCAGGAGUUCUAGCCCUUCCUGCUGGGCCACUGGGUGAUACAUCUGGUAGUGAUUGGGGUUUUCCACCUCCAAAACUAAAUUCUCUGGUAGAUUUUGACUCUCAGCCCUUCAUAUGUGUUUUAAACAUUUGUACUGAUUAAAUGAAGCUUUUAUUUUUUA